AUGGAUUCUCAUCAAAGCCAGUCUUCUGGCUUUUUACACCUACUAAACAGUCAACUACCUAACAAUGAAUACCCAACUCAGUUUAUGAGUUCUUUACCUAGUCCAGACCUUGGAGGAUCUGCUUCACGUGCACAAAGUGGUGAGGACCGUAAGCAAAGGUGCAAGUGGUCAACAGCUGAAGACCUGGUCCUCAUCAGUGCAUGGUUGAACACCUCCAAAGAUCCACUAGUUGGAAAUGAGCAAAGAGCAGGAACCUUUUGGAAGAGGAUCGCCGCUUAUUAUAAUGCAAGUCCCAAGGUGGUUGGUUUGGCUAAGAGAGAGCAAAGCCACUGUAAGCAACGGUGGGGGAAGAUAAAUGAGGGUGUCUACAAAUUCGUGGGGUCAUAUGACGCUGCAACAAAACAAAGGACCAGUGGCCAGAGUGAAGAUGAUGUUUUGAAGGCUGCACAUGAAAUCUUCUUCAACGAUUACAACGUGAAGCUCUCGUUGGAGCAUGCCUGGAGGAAGCUUAGGAAUGAUCAGAAAUGGUGUGGGACUUAUGGAAGUAGUCAACAAAGCUCUGGUUCAAAAAGAAAGAGGGUGGAGGAAGAACAAUCUUUUCAGUCAUCAGCAUCUAUGCCCAGUGUCAAUGGAGAGGAUGAAGUAACGGCUAGGCCUAUUGGUGUUAAGACAGCAAAGGCGAAGGCUAAACGGCCAAUGAGAGAAGAAGGGAAGAAUCUGCAAGAAUUGCGGCAAAUGUGGGAGAUAAAGGCGAAUGACUUAGCUAUGAAGGAUAAGUUUAGCAAGACCAAACUGCUUGACAACUUGCUUGCAAAAACAGAGCCACUUAGUGAAUUAAAAGUGGCGCUUAAGAACAAACUGAUUACUGAAAUGUUAUCAAAGUAA